AUGCGCAUCUUCUCCCGCAGCAAGAGGAGAGAUGCCGGCGUGGACAGGACUUCUGCGGCGAGUAGUAAAAGCGCCGCCCUCCGCCAGAGCGUGCAGCAGUCCCAGACCCAGGCUUUGAUGUCAUAUUGCUCCCCCGUGGGAAUGCUCUCCAAGUCCAAGUCCAGGAAAAAGGACUCCAGCAGCAGCAGCAAGGGCUCCGAAGCUGCCGCUUCCCACCAGCAGCGGCAUUACAACAUGUACAUUCACCACCACCAUUCCGCACAUACAGAGGGCGGCACCACCCCCUCCUCCUCCCCCGUGUCUGAAGGCCGGGCGCCUUCGUACGAAGCCUCCUGCCGCUCCGGCACCUCCACUCCUGCGGCCACCCGGGACGGAUCCGCCUCCGCCGCCCACUCCUCCCUCACAAUCCCCACCCGCGCCGACGCCGACCCGCUCUCCGUCCGCACCGCCGUCGUCGGCCUCCUCGCCGCCUCGACCCGGGCCGCGCUCACCCUCUCGUCGCUCAACACGCAGCCCCUGUGCGCCACUCGCGCCCUCGAGGUCCCCGCGCGCGAGCUCAAGUACCUGCGCCUCACCACGCAGCUCCUGCACAAGCACCUGCGCCGCGCCGAGCUGCGCCGCCUCGACCGCCCCUCCCGCGCCGCCCUCGUCGACGUCGACGUCGUCGUCGCCUUGCUCACCGCCGCGGCCAUGACCGUCUCCGAGCUCGAUGCCCGCCUCGCCGACCUCGACCGCGAGGUCCGCACCGCCCUCCCCGCCGGCGCCCUCCUCGUCGACGUGUGCGCCCGCCGGGCCCGCGCCCUCGCCAAGGACGCCAACCGCAUCGUCAUGCUCGACUUCGUCAUGACCAAGCUGCUCAGCGUCCUGCAGGUCGACUCCGAGGCCGAGGCGCUGCGCCACCGCGCGCAGGCCAAGGACUCCAUCGCCGACAUGCUGCAGGCCGACAUUGCGCUCGCCGCUCGCAUGGCCCACCUGCAGGAUGCCUUUGGCGCCAAGGCCACCGUCUCGCCGGCGCGCCUCCACGAGAUCGCCAGUCGCCCUCCGCCCGCGUAUUCGGUGCCCUGCCCAAACUCGCACGACGAGCUGCCCGACUACGACGAGGCCACCUCCUCCAACGGCGGGCGCGACGGCUCCGUCGCCAUCCCCGCCCAGGCCUGGAGCCCCUUCUCCGGCCUCACGCUCGAUGACCUGCCGUCCGUGCGACUCAUCCCCGUCCCGCUUAUGCACACCGAACUGCGCGCGGGUGAGUUCUACCAAGCGGCCUACGUCGAUCAAGUGGACGAGGCUCUCCAGCUGCUGGCCGAGGCCAGUGCGCGCAACAAGGCCAAGUCGCUCACGCAGGUCCUUGGCUUCGCCUGA